CACAAAAUUAAGCCAUAAGAACGGUGAAACGACACGUGCAAUGAGCAGAGCAGAAGAGUCAGGAGGAAAGGAGGGUUUAUUCCUUGAAAACCUGAGAGGCAGUUCUUCUCAGCUCACAGUCUAAGCGCUUUCUAAAAUAUUGCUGUCAACUCAUCUUGCCAAGUUUUUCUGAUUCAGGGGUUGGGAAAGUGGUACAAUGUCAAAUGGCCCGGGACUUGAGUCUCUUGUAGAUCAGACAAUAUCAGUCAUAACAAAUGAUGGACGUAACAUAGUGGGAAUUUUGAAAGGAUUUGACCAGGCCACUAAUAUAAUCCUUGAUGAAUCCCAUGAACGUGUUUACUCCACGAAGGAAGGUGUUCAGCAACUUGUGUUAGGAUUGUACAUAAUAAGGGGUGACAACAUAAGCAUUGUUGGGGAACUUGAUGAAGAAUUGGAUUCUAAUCUUGACUUGUCAAAUUUGAGGGCACAUCCCCUCAAACCUGUCAUCCAUUAAUGGACUGUUGAAGCUACUCCCUGAGCAGUAGGAACCUGGUAAAAAUCAUAACUCAGGAGUACAAUAACAGAAAUGAUAAACUGCACAUUAGAUUAAUACUAUGAAAGAGGUCUUUUUUUUUUUAGUUCUUGUUUUGUAUAAUGUGCUGACGUUUGUAGACUGGCUAAAGAUCCAAUCUAUGCUGUAUCAUUUGUUAAUUGUGACAAAAAUGGAUAUCGAUUGUCUAUA